AUCUCAGUCGAACUGAAAUGCGUGACGUACUUCCUCUUUGAAAGAAGCAAUGGCGUCUAGCGCAGAGGUUGUUGCUCCCAGCAAUGAAGAGGAAACCACAGAGACUCCAGCAGCACAGAAGAGAGAAGAGAAACUCCGAAAGUUCAGAGAGCUUCAUUUCAAGAGGAAUGAGGCUCGUAAGCUGAAUCAUCAGGAGGUGGUGGAGGAGGACAAGAGGCUGAAGCUGCCGUCAAACUGGGAGGCCAAGAAAGCCCGUCUGGAGUAUGAACUCAUGGUGGACCAAAAGAAGAAGGAGUGUGCGGAGCAAGGUGAGGACUACGACCGUGUAAAGCUCCUGGAGAUCAGCGCUGAAGAUGCAGAGAGAUGGGAGAGAAAGAAAAAGAAGAAAAACCCAGAUCCAGGUUUCUCAGGCUACGCUGAGGCCCAGCUGAGACAGUACCAGAGACUGACGAAGCAGAUCAAGCCAGAUAUGGAGAACUAUGAGAGACAGAGAGAGGAGUGUGGAGAAGAUUUCCACCCCACCUCCAACAGUCUGAUUCACGGCACUCACGUCCCGUCUAAGGAGAGCAUCGACCGCAUGGUGGACAACGUGGAGAAACAGAUUGAAAAGCGCUCUAAAUACAGUCGCCGCAGGGCCUACAACGAUGACGCUGACAUCGAUUAUAUCAACGAGAGAAAUGCUAAAUUCAACAAGAAGGCUGAACGUUUCUACGGCAAAUACACCGCAGAGAUCAAACAGAACCUGGAGAGAGGAACAGCUGUGUAACUAUGGAGACUGUUACUAUGGAUACCGACCCCAUUUAUUUCCAAGAUGGUAUC